CUCUUUAGAAAGAAAAGACAAAGUUCAUUUAUGCUUGAAUUCCAAAAAGAAAUCCUCACUGAAAUUGUAGCUGAUGAUGCCUUGACUAUUCUAGCUCCAGGGCUUGGAUUGUUUAGAAUAAUGUGCUCAUUAAUUGAGAUGCAUUGCAGGGGAAAUCAUCUUGUUUUCUUGCUAAAUUCUAAUCCAGAACAAAAUGCUGCGCUUCGGGAACAUCUCAUGAUGGCUGGAAUCUUACCAGACAAAAACCUCAAAGUUAUUGAUUCAGACACACCAGCAGAGACAAGACGUGCCAUGUACACAAAUAGUGGCGUAUUUUCAGUUACUCCUCGAAUUUUAGCAGUAGAUAUGCUUUUACGUCGUGUACCUAUCCCAUUGAUAUCUGGAAUUAUCGUUGCAAAUGCUCAUCGGGUCAGAAGUGAUGCCAUGGAAGAAUUGAUUUUAAAUGUCUAUCGAAAAGAAAACGAGCAAGGUUUUAUCAAAGCAUUUUCAGAUAAUCCAUCUCCAUUUGUGUCUGGAUUUGCUCCAUUACAAACCAUAUUAAAGUCUCUCAGACUACGCAAGGUUCAAUUGUGGCCACGCUUCCAGGUCUUGGUAGCAGACAAUUUAUCAGCUACGGAAGUUGAUGUGAUAGAACUACGCCAGCCAAUGUCACCUUCAAUGGAAAUCAUUCAAAAAGGUCUAAUCGAAUGUUUGGAAGCAACUCUUGCUGAAUUGCGUCGUCAAAAUCCCACUUUGGAUACCCAGGAAGUCACCAUAGAAAAUUCGUUCUUCAAGAUGUUUGAUGUCUCUAUUCGCCGUCGACUUUCCCAUAUCUGGCACAAAGUUAGCCCUUCAUCAAAACAGCUUAUAGAUGAUCUAGGUAACCUUAGGCGGCUGCUGGUCUAUCUAACAGAGUACGAUGCAGUGUCGUUUUACAGUAUUCUGGAAACAAUUGUGGAUUGUGGUACGCCUUCAAAAGAUAACCAGCAGCAGUUUUCAAAGUGGCUCCUACUCGGUUCAGCAAACACAGUCAUAAUGGAAGCUAGAAAAAGAGUGUACCUGAAACCAGAUGAUCCAGAGUACAAUACAACAGAGACAUGGCAUGGAUAUACUCCAAUUAACAUGCCACCAUCGCUACGUCUGACAUUGGAGGAUCAACCAAAAUGGGAGCUACUAAGAGAUAUCCUGGAAGAAAUUGAACAAGACAUGGAUGAAGCCACACAAGGAAAAGGUGCACCAGUGUUGGUAAUGGUAAAGUCAUUAAAGACAUGCGCUCAACUUCGUCGGAGACUAGUUGAGAUGAGUGAUCCAGAUUAUGAAGACGAUAAGAAACCUACAAUGAUGACACAUCUGGUCCAAAACCUCUUUUCGGUGCGCGGUAAUCGGAUCAAAAUUUUAAAUCCUACUGCAACUGCUGCUACACCAACAGCUUCACCAGCAUCGCCAGCACCGCCACCUCCUUUUUUACGAUCUUCACCAUUUAAUAAACGAAGAAGAACAAGAGGUGGUUCUACAACUGCAGGUACUGGAGGAACACGUUCUGAGUCAACAAAUGACACUCAAGAUAGUGUACAAUCGUCAAGUCAAACAACCCAAGAAUGUGAAGCUUAUCAGCCCGAAAUAAAGAUUGAUAUGGCACAAGUUCUGAUGCCCACAACUACAGAAACCAUAUCAUCCGAAUUUAUAGAGAUACCAAAAGAAAAUACGAUAACAAUCCACUGUUAUGAGCCCAAUCUAAAUGACCAGAUCUUGGAAGACACAGAACCACUGUUUGUGAUAAUGUAUGAUCCAGACCCAGCAUUUGUACGCAGUAUAGAGAUCUAUCGAUCACUUAAUCCCCAUCUCAAUGUGCGUGUAUACUUUAUGGUGUAUGAAAACUCAGUUGAAGAGCAAGUAUAUCUGAGUGAAAUUCGAAAAGAAAAAGAAGCCUUUGAGCGUAUGAUUCGUGAAAAGUCGAAUAUGGUUAUCCCAAUACCUCCUUCAAAUGUCACUCCAGAUGAUGGGUUUGUGAGUGCUGUGAAUAGUAGAAUAUUGGGUGGCCACUUGAAACCAUCAGAGCCGGCCAAGAUUAUCGUAGACAUGCGUGAAUUCCGUAACCCAUUGCCACCAAUCCUAUACUCCCAAGGAAUCGACAUCGUGCCGUGUACAUUAGUAAUUGGUGAUUACAUCCUCAGUCCAGAUAUGUGCGUGGAACGAAAAUCAAUUGUAGACUUGAUUUCAUCGUUUACCAGUGGAAGAUUGUAUACUCAAUGUGAGGCAAUGUCUGAACACUACAAGAUUCCUAUCUUAUUGAUCGAAUUUGACGAUACAAAGGCAGCUCCAUUCCAAAGUCUAUCUGAAGUAAAAGAACACAUUGUGGGGACAGACAUAACUUCAAAGCUUGUCCUGUUGACUAUAACCUUUCCUAAAUUGAAAAUCAUCUGGUCACCAAGUCAACAUGAAACAUCGUUGAUAUUUGCUGAUCUCAAGAAAUCUCAAGAGCAGCCUGAUGCAGACAUUGCUGCUUCAAUUGGUACCAAUGGAGCAAGAGACGAAGAUCGUAUGUACAACAUUACACCAGAGGAAAUGCUUCGAAGUAUGCCGGGCAUCACAUCUGCUAAUUACUCCAUUAUAAUGAAUGCAGUCAAUAAUCUUGAGGAUUUAUGUAAAGUUAAGGAACCGGAACUUCAAAAACUGAUAGGCAAAGAACCAGCCAAGAAGUUGUACAGAUUUAUUCACCAAAAGGCGGGAUAAAAAUAAUAUUUACAAAAACAAACACACGCACAUAUAUAUAAUCAUUACAGCAAGUAAACAUGAUAAAUUU